GUAAAUGUAGGCAAUGGGAAUCAGUAGGCAAUGGUAAUCACCCCAAAAUAACAAAAAUCGAGCGCGAACCACCGAUGCCAACAUAACUAAACGAUAGCUAUACGCCAUUCCUGUUCGCAGCCGGUAAUUCACUCAGUUCGAGCGAUGCGUAGGAGUGAGACGGGUGUGAGAAGGUUUCGUGUUAUUUUCAUCUAAUUUUUCGAGUUGAUAAAUCCGAAGAUGCCGAAAGUACGUCCUAGAACGACUAAUAAAGCUAACUGGACUAUGGAGGACCUGCAAAGGGCUAUAAAGCUCAUCGUCGAACAAAAUUAUUCUAUAAGAAAUGCCGCGAAGACCAUGAAUAUUCCAUUUGCCAGUCUUUACAAGAGGUACAAAAAAAAAUUUGAUAAGGCACCUCGUCUCGGCCAUCAAACUGUCUUCACUCCUGAAAUGGAGAAAGAAUUCGCGGACAUAAUCAAGAAAAUGGCCAACAUAUUCUACGGCUGCACCCCAAAUCAAAUAAAAAGAGCAGCGUUUGAAUACGCUGAAGCCCUAAAUCUGAAACACGAUUUUAAUAAGAGUACAAGAUUGGCUGGUCGAGUUUGGUUUGAGGGAUUCAUUGCCAGAAAUAAUAUUUCUGUAAGGAAGCCCGAAGCUACUAGCAUCAAUAGAGUUACAGCCUUUAACAAGACUGAAGUUGGACGAUUCUACAAUCUGCUAGAGGAACUAAUGGAGAAGUACAAAUUUUUGGCUAAAAAUAUUUACAAUUGUGAUGAAACCGGCAUCUCUACCGUCCAAGAGCCUGAAAGAGUAUUAACUGCAACGGGACAAAAGAGAGUAGGGUCCAUAACAAGUUGGGAGAGGGGUAAGAAUAUCACUAUGCUCUGCGCUAUGAGUGCUGGAGGUGGAUAUGUCCCGCCGAUGUUCAUUUUUCCCCGAAAGAGGAUGACCCCGACUCUUGAAAAGGAUGGACCAACAGGAGCAAUAUACAAAUGUUCGGACAAUGGAUGGAUAAAUGAAGAACUUUUCCUUCAAUGGCUCAAACAUUUUACCCAGUACGCCAAACCUUCUGCAGAAGAGCCGAUACUAUUAAUACUGGACAAUCAUGCUAGCCACAGUUCACUGGCCAUCUUUGAGUAUUGUAAGGAAAACUAUGUCCAUAUGCUAUCUCUUCCACCCCAUACCUCUCAUCGCAUGCAGCCAUUAGAUGUGUCCUUUUUUGGUCCAUUCAAAGCUGCAUAUAGAAGAGAAUGCGAUUUAUUCAUGAAGAGCCAACUUUUACAAAGAAUAACACCCUAUGAUGUUGCUUCGUUGGUCAAAAAAGCGUUCUCUAAUGUUGCCUCCAUGAGUAAGGCCGAAGCAGGAUUCAAAGCAACGGGCAUAUUUCCGAUAAAUUCCAAUGUUUUUUCAGAUGAAGACUUAAUAGCAGCUGAAGUCCUACAGUCAGAGCCAAUCGUUGUUCAAGAUCUUGCUGACUCUAUUUUAGGAUCGCCUUCUGUUGGUGCUGUUGCCUCCGUAUCAUCCAUAACAGCUACUAUCGAGCUAGAACAAAAUAGUCCUAUUCCAAGUACAUCCACAUAUUGUCCCACUACAUCUGAACGAGUGACUACACGGUUGUCUCAAUUUGAUAUACCAUCAACAUCUAAGGAUCUGACAAGUGUUCAAAAUUUCAUUCAAAUGCCUAAGAAAGUAACAGUUGCCAAGAAAAGACAAGGAAGACAAAAACAGCACGCAACGAUUUUAACAUCUACACCUAUCAAAGACGCCCUAGUUGAAAAAGAAAAUAAAAAGAAGGCCAAAGCUUUGAAAACUCAAGGAAAAGGAAAAGGAAUAGGGAAGAAAAGCAAGCCACAGGAGAUCCGUCGUGAGAAGGUAAAGAAGAAAAUACUGCAGGACUCCAAUGAUACUUCGAUGUCAGACGUGAAUACGGAUGAGUUAUGCCAGGAUGACGAAAACGAUGAUACAGAAGAUGCAAGCAACUUGUGUCUUGUAUGUGGUGAAUUUGGACGAAACAAUGAAACAUGGUACCGAUGCACUUCUUGUGGGCACUGGGCUCAUGCCGAUUGUACUGGAUGGGACUCUGCGUACAAUUAUGUGUGUGAUAUGUGUUGAUCACCAUUGUCCACAUGCUGAUCACCAUUGCCAACCGGUGUUGACAAUUGUGAUCAAACUGAUAUUUUUUUAAAUUUUAUAUUGUACCAAAACUAAUAAGCCAAAGUGAUUAAAGUUGAUCUCAGUUGAUAGUAUAGUAAGUAAAGUUUAUAAUAAGAACAGAGCAAUAAAUAGUUGAUUCAUAUAUUUGAUUUUAUUUUCAUUUUCGCUUAAGUGAUCCCCAUUACCUACAUU